GUUUGUUGUUCCCGCCAACUGUGUUGUAUCUUCGGGGCAAUGGAGCCAGAGAAUCACAAAACGAAGGCAGUGAACGUGCUUCGAAGCAGAAUCUGCGACCCUAAAUUCAUCUUCAAGAACGAUUAUCCAGACAGCAACUACAGCAAACUGAAAUUCAUGAUAUCGAAUUCGGUGACGGAAGCGUGCAACAAUUCUAUUCUGCUACUCGGUCCGCGCGGCUCUGGAAAGAACGCGGUUUUGGAAGUUGUCAUUCAAGAUUUGCUGCAAGAGUAUCCAGAUUCGAUUUCAGUGAUACGGUUGAAUGGCCUUUUACAUAGCGAUGACGUCUCCGCAUUCAAGGAAAUAGCUAGGCAGUUGUGCAUGGAGCAUCAAUUGCUAUUCUCAAAAGCGGCAUCAUUUGAUGACAACUCCCAGUUUAUGGUUGCCAUUCUAAAGGAAUGUGGAUUAGCACAUAAAACAGUGAUAUUUGUUCUGGAAGAGUUUGACUUAUUUGCUCAGGGUAAACAGCGGUUACUUUAUAGUUUGUUAGAUGCAAUGCAAUCAAUAGCAUCACAGGCUGUUGUACUUGGCAUUAGUUGCCGUUUGGAUGCGGAUCAACUGUUGGAGAAAAGAGUACGAUCUCGGUUUUCACAUAGAAAACUGUUGUUCUUACCACCUUCCAUGGAAGAUUCACAGAAGUUACUAAUGCAUAUGCUGACAUUACCAAUCGAUUCAAGCUUUCCACAUGAUUAUGCUACUGAGUUUAACACGAGGGUCCAAAAUAUUAUAGAAGAUAGAAAGUUCAAAGAAACCCUACAAAAAUAUUUAAAUGUUGAUUCCUGUGUCAAACAUUUGCUGAGGUUCCUAUUCUGUGCAGUCUCUCAUAUGGAUUUGCAGACUGGGUUCCUGUCUCAGGAGAGCUUUGAAAUUGCAUUUUCAAGCAUCCAGAGACAGCCGAAACUAGAAUGUUUAAGAACAGAUUGCUCCAAUUUAGAACUUCAUAUUUUGGUUUGCAUGAAGAGAUUGGAAGUUAAAGAGAAAAGUUUAUGCAAUUUCAAUUCUGUAAUGAAAGAGUAUAAAAGUAUGCAUGAUUCCUUCCGAACUUCUGAGUAUUAUUCGAGAAAUGUCUGCUUACGGGCAUUUGAACACCUUAUUCAUCGUGAGAUGAUAUGUUUCACAGACAAUAGAGGACAGAAUUUGUCUGUUGAAUUCCGUCCUGUAAAGCUUUUAAUUUCAUCUGCUGAACUACAUCAGGGACUGAGAGCGUAUAAUUCAUGCCCUGCUUACCUUAUAAAGUUAAUGGAUCGUGAAGGCUAAAACCCUUGAGGGACAUGUCUGUUGGUGCUUCAUGUUGCAUUGUGUGGUACGAUUCCAAAUUCUGCUCAAUUCAGCCUGUCUACUAAAUCUCCUCUCUUGUUUAGUCAACACUUUGUUCUGAUCAUAUAUAGUCAACACUUUGUUGUGCUGGAAAGCCCAAUAGUGUUAAAAGGGUAAUUUAUUUUUUCAGAGAAUUUGAUAUGUUUUAUGAUAAAAUGUUGUUUCGAUAAGGAAUUUUGAAAAAUAUUAAAA